AUCGCGAUGCAAGAAGAAGGCUCUGCUCAGCUGCUGCUGCUGCUGCUGCUGUAGUCCGUGAGCCACCCGACGGGCACGACUGGUUUCAGUUUACGUCAGCGCGUCGUUCGUGGUAGAUGAAUUUAGUCGGUUUGUCUUCGCGCGCGAUACCGGUUUUGUAAAGUGUAUUUCGGGACUGAGUGUGAAGAUUCUUUUUUCCAGAGCCGUGGAAAAAGGUGGUGUGGUUGUGGUCGUACACGCGCUACCAACGGCCACUAUUUAAGAGGCUCCUCUAACCAGCAGCAUCCAAGUGGAUUUGCAGGUUUUCUUUUUUCUUCUAUAUGCUCUAUCUUCGUCGUGGUCCGGUGUGUGGCCCCCGUUGUUAUUGUCUCAGCGCGGACUCAGAAAUUUGUGGUCCGACUGGAAGAGCAAAAAGUUGGGCUAGUGUUAGUGUGGGACCAGACUUGAUCGAAGAAAAAUGCCCGAAUUCUUGUUUUGAUGGUUCCAAAAUAGUUUCACCCAGUGGCUAAGCGGUGCCGUUCACGUAGGCUGCAAAGCCUUAGCAAUUUACAGUUAUAGCAAUUUCGGAAAAUAACAAAUGGAUUAACCUUCAGUGAGCUUCAAUGUUAACUGAGUGAGAGCCGAGAGUGACAAAGGUUUGUGGGCCCAAUCUUGAACGUUGUGUGCUCCAGAAAGAAAACAAGUUACGGCAAGCAAAAGUCUGGAAAGCGAGCAACACUAGCAAGCGGUGUUUUUUUUGUUUUUGUUUUGGCACAAUUUGCACAGAGUUUGUCUACAUCAAAAACGAAGAAACCGCAGUCAGAAGUGAAUACUUGAGAAGGGUUGAAUCCGUGCCCGCCUUCGGAACGUACGUGUCGCGCCGUACAAAUUUAAUCCGUUCGAUUCGCAUGCGAAAAUAAGGUGAAAUGUGAAAGGAAAAAUGUCAAGUGUGUCGAAGCAGAAGUGAAAAGAAGAUCCCCCGAUCACAAUAUAAUUUUCGUUUGGUUCAUUCAACCUUAUCACAACCUUAUUCCCCAUCCAGAAAAGGGCAGCUCAGCGAGGCAAAGAAAGGAAGGAAUCGUUUUUUUAGCGUUGUGUUUUCGUUAUGCUUGAUUUAUAAGUCUCCCAGUUUUUAUUUCUGUUGUUUAUGUUCCUGUAAAACCGCACAAAAGUGAAGGAAGCACUAAAAGAAGUAAAUAUAUAUAUAUAUGUAUGUAUGUAGAAAAAAAGAGCAAGUAAAUUGAAGUGAUUCCGUUUACGUUUGUCCUGUCUUUAAAUUUUCUGUUUUGCGCCCACGGGACGGUCGUUCCCACGGGGAAGAGAAAAGAGUAGGAAAGGAAGCAUACUAGCGAAAAAAAAGCGAGUGUAAUAUUUAAAGCGAUUAAGGAUUACACCGAAGCGAGUAGUGGAAGGAAAGGCGCGAAGCAAAGUGCAGAAAAGAAGAAGAAGGUGUACGUGAAAGUGAAUCGAUUUUCUGUGUGUUUGUUUAUGAAAGCUAGAAUCGACGGAAGAAGAAGUAGAAGCAAGAAGAGAUUUCACCGUGCUUAGAAACCUGAGAAAGGACAUUCGCCAGCCCCCGGCAGUAGUGGACAGACACCCGAAGGCUCUGAAGAGGAGAAUUGGACUGAGGUAACGCUUGAAUCGAUAAAUUACAGCGCCAUCGUUUUGUGACGUUUUGGUUUGUGGUUUGCGCAUGGAAUCGAGUACGGUAUGAAAUGUCAACAGAGAGGAGACGGCGGCGCAGCAACACGAUUGUAGGAAAAAGUUCGAAACACUCGGAAGAAACGAGAUCAGUUAGCUCAAUGAUCAAUGGUCGAUCUAACGCGGCAUGGGCACAGUGUAAAGCCUCGCGAUGAGUGACCGCCGAGAGACAGUUUUCUGGUAAUCGAACAAUACAUUUUCUGGCGUGAACUCUUAUUGUACGUGUGGUGGUGAGCCAACGCAGCAUGGCUGUCAGCAACAUCGUGUGCGAAUGGUUGCGGGCUCUCGGGCUCGGACAGUACGCCGAGAGCUUCCUGGAUAACGGUUACGAUGAUCUGGAGAUUUGCAAGCAGGUCGGCGAUCCGGAUCUGGACGCCAUCGGGGUCCAGAAUCCGCAGCAUCGCAGCAAACUGCUGAAGAGUGUCCGGUUGCUGAGAGAAAAGGGUGCGGCUAGUGUGUACUUUCAGUUAAACGAUCCCAAAUCGUUGCUGUCAGACAACAGUGACAGCCUGGAGCGGGAUAGCUCUCCGCUGAUGUUGAACGAGCUGGAGGCGUUGCUACAGGAUCAGCUGAAGGCGGAUGGCGUCUGCCUGACGGCGCAUCCAUAUUCGACACCGGACGGAGGCCGAGGGCAUCUGGAAGGACUAGCGUCGGUGUACUGUGAAAUGCUGAUGGCACCGUUUGGGGAAGUACUGGCCGCACUGGAGGACGCACGGCUGCGAACCUGGUCCGAGCGAAGUCCGCAUAGUUCUUCCGGCGGAAGUGGAGCACAUCGGGCUGGCCACCGGGGGAACUCAUGCCACGGUGGACUGCCCAACAGUCACAGCCAGCCAAUCUAUGUGCCGGGAAAGUAUUCGCCAUCCAGCUGUCUGUCCGAUAAGGAGGAGGACGAAAUUUAUGGCUUCGGUUACGGUGUGUUUGCCCCGAGGGUCGCCAGAACGACGCUCCAACAGCAACAGCAACAGCAGCAGCAGCAACAACAGCAGCAACAACAACAACAGUCCCAGCAAAACCAACAGCAACAAUCACAAACCUCCACCGAUGUACCUGCGAACAGUGCUGCCGUACAGCAAAGCUGUCUCAGUCCACGUUCGGCAUACUUUUACGAAUUUCCACCCACAGACGGUCGUGAGACGAGCAAAAAGCGCACGACACUGGCACGACUUUUGAGAGGAUUAAAGACUGUUAAUAGACGUGAUAGAUCAAAUCAAAACAACGGCACCGGGAGCGGCAGUGCGCCCAGCAGCGCCGGAACAGCAACACAGGCACGGCCGCAGAACGAAAGACUGAGACAUUUUCAAAUGAACGGCGGUGGACCGCAGCCAAGUUUCGAGGAAACCAUCCAGAGGCUGAAAAUUCAAGAAGCACUUAGGAAAAAGGAAAAGUUUCAACGGGAACACGAAGAGAUUCUUCAAGACAUCCGACGAGGACUGCUGCAGCUCAACCGAGACUCCCGAGAUGACACCUACAUGUACGAUGAUGCGGUGGCCAACGUGAUGCGGAUGCCACACCAAGGCCACUGGUACGACGAGCCACCGUACGAAAGCGAUCCGGAUGAUUUCCUCAUGUCCGGAAUCCGACAGGCGGGAGGUCCUUCGGCGACGAUACAGGGUGGACGCGUUUGCUACACCUCGAAUGGUAGCGAAGGCCGAGGAGUGAUAUCGUUGCGAUCAGCCGGUGACAUAUCGAUACCCCAGCGGGGCCCAAUCCGACGUGGGCUGAUAGUGCCCCAGAAGCCACCGAACCCGCCGACCAUCAUUCCGCUGAAGCAUGCAAGAUCCCAUGACCGGGAAAGUGGAGACUACGCCGGAUCGAUAUCGGAUCUGCACAGUGUUACCUCACGGCUCAGCCAGGUUUCGAUUGGCACAAAUAAUUGCACUGCCCGUUAUCGCACACUCAGCGGUGGCCUAGGGGACGAAUCUCCGUCCCCGUCGCCGACGCCCUCCUCGGAGUACGAUGACAUCCUGCUGCAGAAACAGCUGCAACUUACGGUGGAUCACCAGCAGAACGGUGGUAGCUCCGUUGGCAGUGGCCAAAGCGGAAGUGGCGGAGGUGGUGUCGGCGGUGGCGGCGGCAGUGGCAGCGGUGGCCUGACUGGAUCCGGGAGUAAUGGCUCUGGGGGAAUUUGCGGUAUCGGUAUCAGCGGCGGCGGAGGGGGAGGAGGAACAGGAUUGGGAAUCGGUGUUGGCGGCGGUAGUACAAAGAAUGGAGUCAAUAAUCUUAAAAACCUGAAGGCAGCCAAGAAUCGGAACAAUCUAUCAUCGUCGCUAGCGGCGGCGGCAUCGCACAAUAAAAAUUUAACGAUAAGUCAACAAAUAGCUUUAGUACACCAUUCCAAUGAUACAAGGACAUCGCCAAAGGACCAUCUGCUGAAUUCCGGCAGCCGGAAUAAUAGGGAUUAUAGCAACUGUCUUGAUAGCAUCAGCGACCAGACGACGUUUCAGCAUUCGGCCAGCUCGGUGGAAAGUUUGCCCAGUGCAUCCGGAUCGAGCACACAGGCAUUGGUUCGACCGGGAAGUCCGCACAGCUCCUUAUCGGCAGAAGAUCGAACCACGCUGGUCCCCAUUUGCCGAGCAAUUGCACUAAUCGAUAGCAGUUCUAAUCCUUACGACACGGAAGCAUUAAGAUUUAAGAAAGGUGAUAUCAUAGAUGUCCUCUCGAUGAACGCCUCCGGUGUGUGGCGAGGAUUCGCGAAUGGUCGCUUGGGCCACUUCAAGUUCAUCAGCGUGGAAGUGUUGCCAGAUCAUCCGGUGAAACCGUACAGCACCGGAAAGCUUUUCGGUCGAGGUCGACUGCCAACGAGUUGUCCUACCAGCGUAGAAGAACUGCUACUGCGAAUAGGACUGAAGGAGUAUACCUCGGUUUUCGUACUUAAUGGGUACGAAGAUUUGGAACUCUUCAAAGAACUAGAACCGACCGAUCUCGAUUACCUAGGUAUUGGAAAUACGGAGCACCGUGCCAAACUACUAGCGGCCGUACAGCUUUUGCAUGAUUUAGACUCUACCUCGGACGGCGAAGUGGCCGGUUCCAGUUCGGAGAACGACGAAGGGCUUCGGUUAAGUCACGUGAAAGGUUCCUCGGUUCAUCACCAUCACCACCAGCAACAACUGCAGCAGCAGCAACAUCAGCAGCACCAGCAUCACAACCACCAAACGUCUCCUUUUGGUCGGCGGCACUUCCCUCGCGAUUCGGGCUGUUACGAGGGAUCUCCGGUGCCGCAGUCCAACGUCAACCCUGGGCACCUGUUGCUACUCCAGCACCAGCAUCAGCAUGGCAACAGUCACCAUCCGGGACAGAACAACAGCCUGUCGGAUAACGAUACGAACAAUCUGGACUCGGUGGUGGCGCAGUGUUCGAACGAGAUACUGAAACGGGUCGAGGGUGCCAGACGGUUCAAGGACGAACCGAAAUUCUCCGUUGGAACUAACAGUGGGGUGAAAACGAUGAACAGAGCGACCAAGAAGGGUGGACUACUGGGCGGGGGUGGCAAUGGAGGCGCAGGUGGAGAUGACAUGACGAUACGAAGCAGCGGUGGAAGUGGAGGUGGUGGUGCCCUGAGCGAAAAGUCCAGUGAUUCCGGUGUCAGCAGCAGCAGUUUGUCCUCGGGACCGAUCAAGAACAAUCUUUAGCGGCAGUUUUUGCUGGUCACGGGAGAGCGAUGAGUCUGUUGGAUAGCGUAAUUAGGAUACUGCAAGAUUUUUAUCAUGUUUUAACAUAGUUCACGAAGCAAACUGCCAAAAGAAAGACGAAUCAUAAUUAAGGGGGAAGCUAAAUAAAUCAAUAGAUUUUCUACAACUAAUUGGAGCACCAAGGUAAACAAGACUUGAUUUUGCAUACAUAGUUUUGUGGACAGAAACUGUCGAACCUGUACAGAUUGAUAACAGUUGGCGUCCAGUUCAAAGGCCUACUACUACUACUACUACUAUUCAAGCCGCGUAACCUGUGUUUUUUUUGUGAUUGUUAUUAUUGUUACCGCUCGGAAGCAGUAGGCUAUUGAAUUAGUUAUAGCGGUUUUUCAUUCUUCCCUUCUAUACUUUUAAAUCAAGCCGAAACAAUUCAAUUGAAAACGAUAGCAACGUAGAAACGAACUUGUGAUAUAAUUCAAUCCUUUGUUGAUGGAAAACUUUGUUUUCUCUCUCUGUUAUAGUACAGUACAAGUACAGUACAGUACCAGUGUGUUGUACAGUGCGUGUGUGUUUGUAUAUCUUUUUGUUGUGUAUAGGAAGUCUGCGGGUGCAGGCGGUCACGAAACAAAAACAAAAAAAAAACGUUGGCCAAAGCACGUGGUGUGCUUGGCAGGUGAGUUUGUAGCACUCUGUAUUAUGCUCACUUGUUAUGUUGUACAUGUUUCCACGGAAAAUUCUAUUUAACUGAUAAAGUGCUUAUGGCGUUUGGCUGAAUGAGGCGUAUCAUUUCUAAGGCUAAAUUACAAAAAUUAUAUGAUGAAACGCGAGAGGUAAUGGUACGAAUUGAUGUAGUCAAUAAGAAAUUUUAAAAAGUUGUGUUUUUAUUUCUUACAUCAUUACAUCAUUACAUCAUUAUUGCGUAGGGCUUUUCGAAUAUCCAAAAAAAGUCAUCUGAUCGUUGAAAAACCUGUUAAUUGAAGCACUCGUUGAUUUACAAUAACUCAAUUACUUUCUUGUAUGCGGAAUCAAUACAUUCAUUUUCAUAUAAUGUCACUCACUCCACGUUCCAACCAUCAAAAUUGUAAUUGUAAUAUUACAUGGAAUGAAAAGUCCCGGGCCUCUUACAGAAAAAAAAAAACGUGAAUAGUUUCGAACCGUGUAUAUUUUUGUUGAGAGCAACCACUAGUGCUGAUCGUGUCAGACAAGUUCUAGUUUUCAUCAAGCUAUGGGAAAAUACGAGUUUCGUAUCCUGAUAACACAGCAACGGUGAAAUUGAAUGAUUUUUUUAUAUUUUACUUAGUCUUCGAUAAUUUACCUCGCACAGGCACCUAAUUACUAAUUCUUAAUCUAAACAUAUAUUUGGACACACUAAAAUCAAAUUUGUCAUAAGCUUCGUUAAAAAGACAGCAAUAUACAUUAAAAUGGGUUGUUUUGUCCAUAUUUAGUGCGAUUGAUUGGCAACUGUAGAAAUUGCACACGUCGAGUUCGUCUUAAUGGAGCAAAAAACGGCAGUUUUCCUAACAGCUCCGUGCAGCCAUUGUUGUUAACUAUUACAUCGAAAAUCAGGAGCCGCUGCAAGACCUGUCUCCUGCUUUCCAGUGUUGGUAAAUUGAAGAGUCGACAGCGGUCCUCGUAAGAGGGUAGAUGAACGGGAUCAGACCAAGGGAGUAGACGUAGUGCGUAUCGUAUGAAGCUCCUUUGCACGCUUUCAAUUCUUCUGAUAUGGACACUAUGGAACGGUGCCCAUACCGGAACGGCAUAUUCUAAAAUACUGCGAACAACUGAACAGUACAAAGUUUUCAGGCAAUAGAUGUCUUCGAACGACUGUGUAUUCCGAUGGAUGAAACCCAACAUGGAAAAGGCCUUCGCGGUGAUUAGUGCGACGUGUUCCGAGAAGCGUAGUUUGUUAUCCAAAUAGACUCCAAGAUCCUUUAUUAUAGUGACACGUUAAAUACUUGUUACAGAAAUUUUAUAGUCGAAAACAGUUGAAGUGCGUAAACGAGAAAAUGUGACAACAUUACAUUUACGAAUGUUGACCUCCAUGCCAUUGAUAAUACACCAGUCGAUAAGUGUUUCAAUGUCAGAUAGCAGAUUGCGGAAAAAUUUUUGGAAUCGGAAUUAUUGCAGCAGUUUUCCAUGCACUAGGAAAUGCGCAAUCGGCGAAAGAUCGGUUGAAGAUUAUGGAUACUGGGAAGGCAAGAGAGGCUGCACAGUUUAUGACGAAAGAAGGAGGUUGUACGUCCAGUCCUGCACCUUUCGUGGAAUCCAUUGUCAACAGCUUUCUAGUGACGUCUUUUAGACUGAAAACUAUUCGUGGUAUGUCCAGGUUGUAAUGGGUUGGUGAGAUAUUAACAGAUCGGCUGAAAAGUUCGUAUCGUUUCUAUGAGAGGGUGCCACUAGAAUUAAAUCCAUACCAUUUUCAGUUAGUACCAACCUUCAAAAGAUACGUGUAUAAAUUUGACAGCUGUCUGAUUAUUAGUUUGUGAGAUAUUGCAUUUUGAGUGAAACUACUUUUGUUAUUGUGAAAAAAAUGGAAAAAAAGGAAUUUCGUGUGUUGAUGAAACACUACUUUUUGAUGAAAAAAAGUGCCGCCGAUACCAAAAAAUGGCUUGAUGAGUGUUAUCCAGACUCUGCACCGGGCGAAGCAACAAUUCGUAUGUGGUUUGCAAAAUUUCGUACUGGUCAUAUGAGCACCGAAGACGAUGAACGCAGUGGACGUCCAAAAGAGGCUGUUACCGAUGAAAACGUGAAAAAAUCCACAAAAUGAUUUUCAAUGACCGUAAAGUGAAGUUGAUCGAGAUAGCUGACACCCUAAAGAUAUCAAAGGAACGUGUUGGACAUAUUAUUCACGAAUAUUUGGAUAUGAGAAAGCUUUGUGCAAAAUGGGUGCCGCGUGAGCUCACAAUCGAUCAAAAACAACAACGAAAAACCAUGCUGAAAUUGAACGAAUUGGGCUUCGAAUUGCUCCCUCAUCCACCGUAUUCUCCAGAUUUGGCCCCCAGUGACUUUUUCCUGUUCUCAGACCUCAAGAGAAUGCUCGCUGGUAAAAAAUUUAGAAGCAAUGAAGAGGUAAUCGCUGAAACUAAGGCCUAUUUUGAGGCAAAGGACAAAUCGUACUACAAAAAUGGUAUCGAAAAGUUGGAUGAUCGCUAUAAUCGCUGUAUCGCCUCUGAUGGCAAUUAUGUUGAAUAAUAACAACGAAUUUUGGCAAAAAAAUGUGUGUUUCUAUUGAACGAUACGAACUUUUCAGCCGAACUGUUACUUAGCACACUUUGAAAGAAGGACGAGAAUAGGUUAGCAGUACCCAGUGAUGUUUCAGCAGAUUCACCAUUGUAGCAUUUGCGGUACGGAUUGGUCCAGCAUCCUCCGGUUUUUUUUUCAGACCUGGCCUCCAGCGACCAUUACCUAUUUCCAAACCUGAAAAGGUUUCUCCAAGGAAAGAACUUUUCGUUGAAUGCUGAGGUCAUUGUAGAAACAAAAGCCUAUUUUGAAGGCCUUUUUUUCGAAGGGCAUCAAAAUGCUGGAGGACCGAUGGGUCACCUAGAAGGAGACUAUACUGAAGAAUAAAAAAGUGUCCACGGUAAAAAAUCGACUUUUUCUUUGUUAGGUCCGUGACUUCUUAUUCCAUGUAGUAUAAUCGAAAUUACACGUGAGAAAAAAACAAUUUCACUGAUCUCAUAUCCUAACUGUUUCAAGGCAUCAAAUCAAGUUUCAAAAGAAGACAGACCGACUUUUUCUGGCACAUAGUUACUGUGACAGCACGAAACUAGUUGUGCCUUUUUAUCCCAUUUUUUUCUAGUUAUAAUAUUCAGUUGAAAUUUGAUCUACUCUGGAUUGUAGCAAAUAUGAACUAUCAAUGUUGGUCCACAUUACGUAGAAAACUUCAGCAAUUCAAGUACAUACAAUGGAAGCCAGUCACCUUUCCGAAUGCAAAAGAAAGUCCAACCAAAGUGUUACUAUGCUGUUUAUUAUGUACGAAUGAAAACUUAAUUGCUAAUUUUGCAUUUAUGAAAUAUAGAGUAGUUAAGGUCCAUGAGUAUGUACAUCAUCUUUCUAACUAUCAAGAAGAACUGAACUAGUCUCAUCUCAUGUCCGGUCACCAUCACUAAAGCCUGAAUAUGUCAGUUGACGAGCGAAGAUGGUGAAAUCCCUUAUGUGGAGUCCUGUCAACUCUAACUCUCUUACUCUUUCAGUCGUAGACCACGCGGGUCUCUGCUGUAUACAAGAGGCGUCUCCAUUCAACUAGCUUCAUGGCUGUUCGCCGCCAGCCUCGGGAGCUGCGAAGGGUCCGCAGGUCGUCCUCAAUCGAUCCAUCUUGCCCGCUGUGCGCCUCUUCUUCCGGUCGGAUCAUUAUCGAGGAUCAUUCCCGGCCCACCGUUACCGUUUGGACGAGGGUUGGUCCUCCCAGCAACUGGUGCAGUUCAUGGUUCAUUCGCCUUCUCCACGUACCGUCUUCCAUCCGCACUCCGUCAAAGAUGAUUCGCAACACUUUCCGUUCAAAAACACCUUGUGCGUGUUGAUCCUCCACAAGCAUUGUCCAGGACUUGUGCCCGUAGAGGAUACCGGUCUAAUCAGCGUUUUGUAGAUAGUUAACUUCGUACGACGGCGAAUUUUGCUCGAUCGAAGCGUCCUGCGCAGUCCAAAGUAAGCACGAAUUUCUGACAAUAUGCGUCUCUGAAUUUCUCUGCUGGUGUCAUUAUCGGCAGUCACCAGUAAGCCCAAGUACACGAACUCGUCGACCAUUUCGAUUUCAUCACCACCAAUCAGAACUCGUAAUGGGUGGCUGACGUUAUCUUCUCUCGAGCCCCUGCCUUUCAUGUACUUUGUCUUUGACACAUUGAUGUCUAGUCCGAUCCGCUUGACCUCAGCUUUUAGUCCGAUGUACGUAUUCUCCAUCUUCUCAAAGUUGCGUGCUAUAAUAUCAAUAUCAUCAGCGAAACCAAGUAGCUGGACGGAUAUUCUGAAAAUCGUGCCACUUGUGUCUAUCCUCGCUCUUCUUAUCACACCCUCCAAAGCAAUGUUGAAUAGCAGACACGAAAGGCCGUCACCUUGCCGUAGCCCUCUGCGAGUUUCGAUGGGACUCGAGUUUAUCCCCGAUACUCGAACAACGCACAUCACUCGAUCCAUCGUAACCUUGACCAAUUGUAUCAGUUUGUCCGGGAAUCCGUAGUCGUGCAUGAUUUUCCAUAGCUGUUCUCGAUCGAUUGUGUCGUAGGCUGAUUUGAAAUCGAUGAAUAAGUGAUGUGUGGGCACAUUGUAUUCGUGGCACUUUUGCAACACCUGGCGGAUGGCGAACACUUGGUCCGUGGUAGCGCGUUCGCCCAUAAAUCCUGUCUGAUAUUGUCCCACGAAUUCGUUUGCAAUCGGUGAAAGUCGACGGUAUGAGAUUUAGGAGAGUACCUUGUAGGCGGCGUUCAGCAGAGUUAUCGCGCGGUAAUUGCAGCAAUCCAGCUUAUCGCCCUUUUUGUAGAUGGGACACACGAUUCCUUCCAUCCAUUCCUCCGGUAAAAUCUCGUCCUCCCUGAUCUUGGUAACGACCCAUUGCAGUGCUUUCACUAGUGCAUUACCACCGUGUUUUAGUAGCUCGCUUGGUAGUUGGUCAACGCCAGCGUCCUUAUAAUUUUUCAACCGGAUUACCACCUCCUCCACUUCUUGGAGGUCUGGGACCGGUAGUCUAUCGUCCUCCGCACGCGUUCCCAAGUUUGUUACCGCGCCCGCUACUUUCGUAUUCCGCCACACCUCCAUUGAGGUGCUCGUCGGAAUACUGCCGCCACCUCUCGAUCACCUCACAGUCCUUCGUGAGAAGAUUCCCGUUGGUAUCCUUGCACAUAUCGGCCUGUGGCACAUGGCCUCUGCGCGAACGGUUCACCUUCUCGUAGAACUUCCUUGUGUCAUUAGCACGGAACAGCUGUUCCAUCGCUUCGCGAUGUCGGUCUUUCUGUUGGCGCUUUUUUCUACGGGAUACCGAGUUUAGUCUGUUCCGCGCCUGUCUGUAUCGCUACUCGUUUGCUCUCGUCCGGUGUUGCAGCUUGCUCGCCUAAGCUGCAUUCUUCUCGGCCACUAACUAUUCACAUUCGUCGUCGAACCUAUGGCAGAACGGAUGUCUCUCCAGCCAUCUUCAAGAGUAGCUGCACCAAGCUGCUCUUCCGUUGGUAGUGCCACUGCCAACUGCUGCGCGUAAUCUUGGGCUACUCCAGCAUCCCGGAGCCGCGCGAUGUUAAACCGCGACGUUCGGUUUCGACGUUGGGUAGCCACCGUCGAAAGUUUUGAGCGCAUGCAUACAGCAACCAAGUAGAGGUUCGAAUCUAUAUUCGCACUGCGGUAGGUGCGAACAUUGUUGAUGUCCGAGAAAAAUUUUCCGUCGAUCAAAACGUGGUCGAUUUGGUUAUCGGUCUAAUGGUCAGGUGAUCUCCAGGUAGCUUUGUGGAUAUCCUUGCGGGGAAAGAAGGUGCUUCUCACUACCAUUCCUCGGGAGGCCGCAAAGUUGACACACCGUUGGCCGUUGUUAUUUGAUGCGGCAUGCAGGCUGUUCGGCCCGAUUACCGGUCGGUACAUUGCCUUCCUUCCUACCUGGGCAUUCAUGUCACCGAUGACAAUUUUUACGUCUCUGCGUGGGCAGUCGUCAUAGGCUUGUUCCAGCUGCACGUAGAACGCUUCUUUCUCGUCAUCGGGUCUCCCUUCAUGCGGGCAGUGCACGUUGAUGAUGCUGUAAUUGAAAAACGGCCUUUAAUUCUCAACCCACACAUCCUAGCGCAGAGAUGUCCAUCUCCUGUGUGUGACGAAGAGCAAGAAAAAUUUCUCCCCUCGCACUGACUCUUCUGAGCUCUUCUCUUUCAUAUAUAUAUACACCACUGUUGUAUAAAGUGUGCACGCAUUAUGAGUGCGUUUGUUUAUUUCCUUUUACCUCCUCCACUGAAUCGCACCAAAGUGCUAGAGCAUUAGCUAAUAAAUUCUCUGAGGUGGAUGCAGAUACUUUCACAGAGGUGUACACGCCGGUGAGCACUCUGCUGUAUGGUUUUCGUAGAUGAAGCGUGGACACGCAAAAUCAGCAAAAUAAAUCAAUUUAUCGUUAAAUUUUCGGUUUUCAUUGCAAAUUUUUCAUAACAAGGCCAGAUCUACUCUCUAUUAAUUGAAGUUCACAGAAGUGUUCGCUCACCAUCACGCGCCAGUGAUCACUUGGGUGUAUUUAGGCGAGAGCACGUAAGAGCGAAUGUUAUUCUCUCGCACCAGCUUCUUUCAACACAAGCACGCACUCAAAGUCUGUCUGUCUGUCUGGACAAUGAGAAGAAGUGCGCUUUCCUCUUUGUGUGGAGCGGAGCAAAUGUAUCCGAAGUGUUUAAUUGAAACCUGCGCCCUGGUGUAUCACUCUAGUGAAAUGCCAUCUCUGUCCUACCGUUGAUCGGCUGCCACCCAAUCACUCGCUGACGCAUCAGGCCCAGCUCUAUAGAGCCAGUUCCCAGCUCGUUCGUUGUGCCACAGCUUUGGUAGAAGGUAGCCGCUCGAUGUCCGCUUUUCCACACCUUCUGUCCCAUCCAACAAAGCUCCUGCAGCGCUACGACCUCGAAGCUUAGUUCGUCGUAUAUUAUCCUGUCACAGCCUGCGAAACCUAGCGACUUGCAGUUCCAUGUUCCAAGUUUCCAAUCGUAGUCCUUAUUUCGUCGCGUGGGUCUAUGCCGAUUGUUCCGGGUUGUAUUCUCUCCUGUAUAAUCUGCAAUAAAUAUUUUACGGGUGGCUUAUUAGGCCUACGCCAAGCCCCUGUCUCGCCGGAGGAUCAUCGUGCUUGCUCUGUUUAACGUCCCAACUAGCACUAGGACGAACCCGUUGGACAGGAACAAUAACCUUGACGAUGACCUUGCUUGCCAUAAUCACGACAUUUGUGGUCACGAAAUCGACAGUCCUUGUUGAAGUGCAUUCCACCACAGGACCAGCAGGGCGUUCGUAGUAACUGUUCACGAACUGUUACCGCAUCUACUAGAUUGACGUGCUGGAUUCGGCAAACGUUUGUUGUGUGCUACCUAAUUAAAUGAUGACGAUUUCUCCACUAGUACAGUAUCCUGCUUCAGAUACACUAUACUGUUGCAUUGCUCAACGAUUUGCUGAAGGGUAAUGUCUGCUGCUUCAUUGAGCGUGUUGAUUAACCUCUGAACAGCGCUUUCAGUUUUUCGACGGUUUCCCAAAACGUGUACUUACGAGCAUGUUUUGGAAGAAUGAAACUGUUGUUACGCUCGUGGUUUUGUGGGCUCGUUUUUCUAAGUAAAAGUCGUACCUUUGCUGCGUUUGCUAACUUACCCGCAUCCCGCAUCAAAAAGAUCGCGAAAACCAUGCGUCGAAUGUGUGCCCAUUGUCUUUGUCAUACACGAAUUGCGCCAUGUUUGACCUUGAAAGGGAAUCGAGUAUAACCUCAUCUAAGGACAAACUGAGCAAUUCCAGGAAUGAGUAGACGAAAAAGUGACAAAAUCGGAAUCGACCUUCUCUGAUUUCGAUGAAACUUUGCACAUGGCUUCAGUAUGACAAACCAGUUUUGAACCGAUGGUGAGGUCAACCCGACUCACGACUGAUUUUUAAAAAGGGUGUAUGUAUUUUUGCAUUUCACCAAAAUUGUCUUUUUUCAAAUCGUUGUAACUCGGAAACCGUUCAUUGUACAAAAAUGGCGUUCGGGAAGAAGUUGUAGGGAAUCGAUUGGGCACUCUAAAAAAAUAUACACUGAAAAAAAUUUUGAUUUCUUUUUCAAUAGUUACAAAAUAAUCCGAAAAAGUUAAAUAAAAAAAGCAUGGUUUUGAUUUUUUCGAUCAUUUCUAUUUUAAAGCUGUUAUUAAAACCUACAGAUUGCUGGCUAUCCCAUCCGUGCCUUUUGAGAAAUGAAGAAGUUACAGCUAAAAGAAUUUACAGAUAUAUUCGAUAUUUCAAGUUCUCGUUGAAAGAUAAUUAUUUAAACAGUAGAAUAUCAUUCUACUGAUUAAAGGCAAUAAAUUUGUUCAUGAUAUCCCUUCUUCUAAAAGUAGCUGUUGUUGAGAUACUUGGAUAUUUAAUUAUAACACCAUUUUUUAUAUUUCCAUGAAUUGUUUAUUUGCUUGCUAUAUCUACAGUUAUUACAUGUACAUGAAUAAUUCUUAAUUAUAUACAAGAUUUUAUUUAUGUCUGACGGAGGUGCCUCGCAGUACAAAAACAGAAAAAAAAUAAUUAAAACAAAAAUUAUCAAAAAAAAAAAUCAUGCUUUUUACCUUUUCUUAUAAUUUUCCGAGGCCCGGAAGUACCGAGUUUCAAGUUCGUUAUGUCAAAAAAAUUUGUUUUUUGACAGUAUCUGUCACACUUGACCUUGAAAACAGAAUAUGUUUCUGUACUUAGAUUCCGCACGGUGAUAGCUAUCCAACAAGCCAUAGAUUGUUAAAAUCCAUCCAUUUUCAACGGAGAUAUCGACAUUUUUGUGUAAGCGACUUUUUCCCCUAUUCCAGCAGUAGGAGUUUUGAGCGCAGUAUGACAAAGCAAUGCACAGUGGGGAAAAAACGAUCAAAAACGCGACUUUGCUCAGUAAUUUUAUAAAAACUUGAGCAAACAUUUUCAAAAUUAGUAUUUCUUAUGCAAAUUUUUCUGUAGAAUCGAUUUAUGAUAGUUAGAAGAUCCGCAAAAUUCAUGCCCGCAUGAAUUCAUUUGUAAUCCUAUUUUCAAGUCUUUCUUCGUAAUAUCAAUCGAUUUUUAUCAACCGCAAUCAGCUGGCUUUCGGUAUGCGAAAGAAAAUUUAACCAGAAAUACGACUUUUGAUAUAAAUUAGGGGUAAAACGGGUUAAACAGGCUAGUACUGUCAUUCUCAUUGUGUUUAAUUGGAUCACAGAUGUUUUGCACGAAAAGAAAUGGGGUAAAACGGUUCAACGAGUUUUCUGCUGUCAAUAUAACUAUAUGCAAUCGAUUUGUUAGACUUUUUUACAUCGGAAACACUCUAUUCGCUCUUCUGCAAGUUCUUCGGUUUCAUGUUAUAUAGUUAAGCUUGAAUACAAUGCUUAUACUGCUAGGGAACUUGGGGUAAAAUGAACAUGAUAGCGUUUCGUGCGGUCCUUCUAAAUACAUGGAAUCGAUUUUACUGACCAUUUUACACCAAAAAAGUGCUUUAUGGUCAGCUGUAUCUUACCUCCAAAAAAAAUCGUCACGUUUUUGGUCCAUUUUUCCCCACUGUGCAAUGCUUGGGAGCAAGGUGAAACACGAUUUUUAUACUGUUACAUACAAUUGUUUCUAAGUACCGAAAAAAAGUGUCCUUUUCCAUGACAUUUGGCUCGGACCGAUUUUAGCGGUUCGUUUUUACAACAUAAUCGUUCAAAUGUUCGAAUGUAAACCAGAUGAUAUCAGCAUUUUCGAGUUGAAAGUAAUUCCAUAAUUAUAUUGAUUUAAACUACUCACAGCAAUAAAUGCUGGAAGAACAUAACAACCAUAUACCAUUCGAAUCAAUUCGUCGAGAUCAGCAAAUGCGUGUGUGAUAAAUAAUUUCACUCAAUUUUUUCGGAGAUGGCUAAACCGUUUUCUACAAACUCAGAUUCAUACGAAAAGUCGUAUGCUCCCAAACAAGAUUCCUGAAAGGUGAACCGAAAUUAAAAUAAUGCAAUUCAUUUUUCUCGCAGAUGGCUGAACCGAUUUAAGAUUCAAAUGAAAUCUAAGAAACAUCUAUUCAAAUGAGAGGUCUUAAAAUCCUAUAAAACAUCUUACUUUUUAGUCAGAUCCGACUUCUGGAAGUACCAUAAAUAAUGAUGAAAAACUCUAAAGUGGAACUUACUUCGAUAUCUCAUGGAAUGUUCAAUCGAUUGUCACACGUUGAGAUUGAAAUUCGAUACGAUUUCGACAUUACAGGGUAAUGAGUGAUUUAAAUCUCAAUUUGCCGUUUAAAACGACGAUAAUUAAAAUAAUGUCAUGAGAACUAAAACACCUAAGAAUAUCCAUGCAAAAAAACACAUGCGGAUUGAUAAAAAAAGGUAUCAUCUCACUGCUAGGUGGAUUAAUCACGUUUUUUAUUUAACUUUUUUUUAAUUAUUUUGUAAUUAUUGUGCCCAAUCGAUUCCCUACAACUUCUUCCUGAACGCCAUUUUUUUUUUACAAUUAACGGUUUCCGAGUUACAACGGUUUGAAAAAGGCAAUUUUCGCGAUAUGCAAAAAUAUAUACGCCCUUUUUAAAAAUCAGUCGUGAGUCGGAUCGACCUCUCCAUCGGUUCAAAACUUAUGGUUUGCCAUGCUGAAGCCAUGUGCAAAGUUUCAUCCAAAUCGGAGAAGGUCGAGUCUGAAUAUCUGCUAAUCAUUUCAGGAAUUGCUCAACUCUUUAAGGCUUAGCGGCCAACUGCUGUGACAUUUGUCUCAACAGAGCCUGCAAGAUUUGGAAAUUUGUUGAAGGCACUACACAGAUUUUUUUCGGAAAUACAUCGAUCAACAGCAACAUAUAUAAAAGAAUUUAAAAAAAACAUUCAUUUUAUUUGUGGUAGUUGAUACUAUGUUUGGAACUAUAAGAAAAAGAAAUCGAGUCCGUUUUCAUGUUGACUGUGCUAAAAAGUUAGGGAAAGAGCAGAUAAAUACUUUUAUGGCAUAAUACAAACUCAAAACAAAUUAGUGAUUCCAGAUUUCUCGGUUAAUUUUACAAAAGGGCGUAUAAGCAAGUGACAGUUUCUCUUUGUUUACUCUCUCUUCUAUUAAUUACCAAGCGGUUUCCACGUUUAUCACUCACUCUUUGCAUGAAAUGAUACCCGAAACUGUCGACUUUCAAACAGAACUGUGAAAUCCAAGAAAAUUUUUCUAAUCACAUCACAAUAAUCGAAAGAGAGAGUGAUUAAAGAAAAACUGUCACUUGAUUAUACGCCCUUUUGGAAAAUUGACCGAGAUUUUUUUAAAUCGUAUUGGUCAAUUCACAGCAAAAUUAAAAUGGUUGCUUUUAGGUGGAUAAGUUUUUUUCACGAUUAUAUCGAUCCUAUAAUUUCUGUCGACAUAAUCAUAUCCAAAUAUUACAAUCGGCCACAUCUAGCAGAUUGUAGUAAAAAUUCUUAGUUCGAUUUUCGAAUCCUUGAAAUAUAUUGCAACUCGCACCGACAGAGAAGAUUCUACUCUCAGGAAACAUUACACCCCGUGUCAGUUAGCCCGCGUCAAUCAGUCAAAUGUCAUUAAAAAGCACUUUCGGAAACAACAAUGUUUCAUUUGAUAUACAGCCAAAAAAAAUUGUAAUGUAUCAGAAAAGUUUGCGAUAAAAAGAAACGAAUGAAAAGCAAUAGAGGUCCGACCUAGUCUGAAGCACGAAUGGCGAAGAGAGAUAGUUUGUACAGAGAUUAUAAUUAUUAUAAAAAUGCUUGAAUGCAACGCUACGGAAAAAUGUCGAUACCGGGACAGGGCUUACAGCCGGGCAGCCAAACCUUAGUAGAACAAUUGUGUACAUAAAAAAAAAAAUCAGCUGUAAUCAAAUGGUAGGAAAAUUUUGAGCUUUCACGACUCACAAAUUGACACUUUUCGAAAAAAUAAAUUUCAUCAACCGAACUUCUUCCAAAUUUUCCCUACUUUGAAGCAAAAACAAUUAACGAUCAUCUUGAAAUUAAUUGGUCUAACGAAACAAUCCUUUUUCUAGUGAAUCCAGUCAGUACAUAGUAGUGAAAUGUUAUUUUUAUCCGGAUAUAUCAUAUAAAAUACGCUGCGAAAAUAUAUGAAAAAAAAAUUAAAAUAAUCUAAAAGUUGUGAAAAUAAUAAAAAUUUUAACACAAGGCGGGUCAGGGUUUCAGCUGCAAGUAAACAAUAAUCCGACGAAUGUGUGCGUGCACAAACUGCAUUUGGAAGUAUCGAAAUAAAUAGCUCUUAGUCAACACACGGAAGCAACAAUCGAUGGAAGCGGCUUUUUCCAGUAACAAAUCAAACAACAACAACAAAAAAUGAUACCGAAUUUUGACUGCGCUUUGCUUCAACUUCUUCUUGUACAGAAAAUUAAAAAUAUAGUCAAAGCUGUAAAAAAAAACCCCUAGCAAAUAGUAAACACCCAGUUGAUUUUUGUUAAACCUUAUACAUAUGCUCUGUUCAAUUAGGAUGCGAAAUGAAAAAAAACAACCGACGAUCGAAUGAGUUCAAAGGGAUGGAGGGGGGGGGGGGGGGGGGAUCACAACUCCCGGAGGAUUACGAAGAGUCCGAAGCCGACGCCAGCCGGAAUUGUGCUGGCCGUGUUGUAGAAUGACUGCGUAGUUAGAAUUUCUGCAUUGUUUGUACAUUUAUUGGAUUCUCUAAGAAAUAAAUUUUAAUAAAUCGAAAUUCUCGUUGUACAUAUGAAUCUGAAUACUGCAAAAAAAAAAUAAAAAUAAAAUAAAGCAGAAAUAACGAAACGAGCUGGCGCACGUCACAGUAAAUUAUUUAUUAAACAAACUCUAAGCCAAUCGAGAGAAAAUGAUCGAAUCAAAAUCUACUCCAAAAGCAAACAUUUGAUUAUUAGUCACGUCUAUUGUAGUAUCGAAAAUGAUGGCAAAACAAAUAAUAAAAAAAUUCAAAUCUU